AGAGCGAGGGAGAACCAAUCAUAUUUAUUUGGGCUUUAUCGGGAAGACGAUGACGCAUACACAAGGCCCGGCUUAUAUCCCCUGGGUUUCUUCGUCGGAACGAUUUGCCGGAACUGAAGGCGGGCGGCUGGUUCAUCAUUCAAAAAAAGAGGAUCGGUCCAUCUGUUGGGUUGUACGGUUCAUUACCCGUUGUUGCUACCGGCCAGACGCUGACCGCUAGGGUUUCUCUUCGAUUGGCUACGGGUCCAUGGGUUUAGGGCUUUCCCAUUCGCUCGCUGAAUCUAUCUGUUGAACUCUCCCAACAAACCAGAAAUUGCUCCUAAUGGAGGAUCCUGAUUCCGAAGCCUCGCUCUAGUCUGUAUGCUGAGCUUAGCGAUUCCGAGAAGGCGCUCAACGGAGCAGUCCGUUUGUUCUCUGUGCGUGUAGCCGUAGGCAAUGGAGGAGGGUGUCGCGUCGAAGGAGGCGGGUGUAGGUUCCUGUUGUGAGAAGUUGAGUGUGAAGUGCUCGCAGUUGGUGGAGGGGCGCAAGAAUCUGAAGAAAGCGGUGGCCAUCCUAAAGGAAUCGAUUAACAAGAUUGAGGAAGAGAAUGCCCGCCUUAAGAAAGAAUGCGAGGAAGCACGGGGCCUUGCUGCCAAUGAGUGUGAGAGAAAACAGAAGGAACUCGAGGUCAGUCUUUCUCUUGAGAAGGAGGUUUCUGCUUUGAAGUCGGAGGUCUCCUCCUUGCGCCAGAGAGGAAAUUUAGAUACCGAAGGCAAGGAUGGGGAAAUAAAACUCCUUCGCGAACAAGUUUCUGAAGGGAAAUCGGAGACUAGUAAACUUAAAGAGCUUCUUGAUAAACAGAUUCAAAGGGCAGUUACGGAGAAGAAGAAUGCGGAUGCAGAGAAAAGAAAGGCUGCUGAGGCACAGAAGAGCAUGAAAACUGAGAAGGCUAGGGCUGACAAAGAGAUGAAGUGUACUGCUACAGAGAGAAAGAGGGCCGAGGAUUACCAGAUCCAGUUGGAAGCACUGAAGAAAGAAUGUGCAGAUUUUCGACAGAAGGAGAAGGAGUUCAUGCUUUUUAAAGAUGGGGCUUCUGAACGAGAUAAGGAAUUAGGUAGGCUGAGGGACUUGCUUGAGAAAGAGAAAACAAGGGCAGAGUUUGCUACUAAGGCGGCAGAAGCAGAAAGGAAGAAUUCUAUGGAAGCUUCUAAUCAAGUAAAGGCUGCAAGUGCGAUUGCUGAGGAACGUUUAGUUCAGUUGGAGUCUUUGAAGAAAGCAGUUGAUGAGGCAAACAUGAAGUUUCUUCAGGAGAAAGAGGGGAAAGAGAAAGAAUCAGCCGCAAGAGCUUCUUUGGAGAUCACAGUGUCUGCUCUGAUGUCUGAAAUCUCUUUCUUAAAGAAGAGUACUGCUAAUGUUCGAGAGACCGAACGGGACAUAAACGUCCUUCAGGAAAAUGAUUGUGGAAGGGAACUGGAGACAGAUUUGGCUAUGGGGCAUGUUGAGAAACUCGACGAAAAGGAAUGUUCUCAGAGUGAUAUUGCCGAGCUGAAGCCUGGGGAUGCGUCUGAAAGGCUUGUAAAUGCUAGUCCAGGACAUGCUCAUGCAGAUAGGGGGCUCGGGUUAUUUAAUGAAAAAAAGGCUGAAGGCUGUCUGCUCCAGUUACAGGCACUACUGAAAGAAGCGGAAGAAACUAAGUCAAUGUUAGUAGUUGAAAAAGAGGAAAAAGGUAGAUUAGUUGCUCUAAGAGUCUCUUUGGAAGAAGAGAUUAUGGCCUUAAAGUCUCAAAUCUGCUGCUUACAGCAGAGAGGAGCUGAGGAUAGAGGUCUUCUGCAUGAUAAGGAAAGAGAAAUUAAGCAACUAAAGGAACUUGUUAAUAAAGGCAUGAUGCAGUUGGAUUCUGAAAAGAAGAAAGUGGAAGUGCAUAAGAAGUUUGCUGAUGAAGCAUGCGAACAGUUGAAAGCUGAAAAGUCUAAGCUGACCACUGAAAGUAAGAUUGCUAAGAGUGAAGCAACAAAGGCUGAGGGAUUUCGAAAUCAGUUGGAUUGUUUGCAAAAAGAAUUCCUUACAAUGCAAUCAAAAUUGGCCUCUCAGACAGAAAAGAUGAAGAAAGAGCUGGAAAUGGAAAGGCAAAAUGUGAUCAAAGCGAGACAACUGGUAGAAACUGAAAGUGCCAAAGCAGAUGACCUGAGGAAGCUUGCUGAAGCAAAUGUUAAGAUGGCUGCGAAGGAAAAAUCUCUUGCAGAUGACCUGUCUCGCCAGUUAGAAGAUUAUAAAGCUAAGAAUAAGGAGUUGCAGAAAUGUGUACACCAGCUUUUUCACUCCCUAAAUGUCCCUGAAUUUGCUGGCAUUUCCCCUGCGAAAGUCAAAGAGGCGAAGCUUCUUGAAAAGCAAUUGAAGCUUGAAAAGAUGCGGUAUAAGCAUGCCAAACAAGUGGUUAAGUUUGAAAAAAAUCGUAGUGCCAUUCUAAUUCAAGAACUAGGUAACCUGAGGCAUGAUUUUGCACGAAUUUCGUGUCGCUUGGAUGUCGUGGGUAAAUAUUUCUCCCCAAGCGUUGAAGGUAUUUCAGACGCGAAAAAGGAUGGAGGACUUGGAGACGUACAAUGUUUGAAGGUGGCGAGAAAAGCAUGUCGUGUUGAACCAUUUCAAAUGAAUACUCAAAAUGGAAGUGAAACUUUCAACCCUAGUUGCACAGGUAUUGAUUCUGAAUUGAAGUCUCUGCAUGGAAGCUCUAACCCAAAGUUGUUACCACAUUCUGCAAUGAAUUCGAGUUCGACAUCUUUUUCUGAUGGUGAGUUGGUCCGCUCACAGGACAGGGGUGCUUUUGUUUUAUCAUCUGAGAAAUUGGUUGAAGAUAAUUUUGACACCCAACAGACAGUUCCCUUUAUGUUUGCUGCGGUUAAGGGGUUGCAUAAAAACAUGACUAUUACCAGUAAUCAUCACAAUUGGAAGGACCAAUUGGCUUUUGAUACUAUUGAAUCUGUCAAGCAUUUAUUCAUGGAGGAUAAAAAGUUGCAUCUACAGAUGAAUGAGAAAAUCCAUGUCUUGGAUCAAGUGUUGAAUGGCCAAAAGGAUGUACCUCUGGAAGCGCAAACAGAUUUAUAUGGUUCUUCUGUUAAACAUGAGAGGCUGCACAAGAGGAGAAAGUUAUCUCCCAAGGAGGAUGUAGUUUUGCCAUAUUUUCUUGCUGUGGAUGAACCUGGCAACAGGAAAAUGGUGAGGGAGCAAGUUGUGAAUGAUGCAAAUGGUACAGGAUAUUCUUAUCCCAAUGAUGCUUUUAUCACGGUGGCGCAGGCUUGUGGGGACACUUCGCCCAGUUUUGAGGGUAUAGCUGAUGGGGACUACAUGAAAUUACUGGAUUUAGAUGACAUCAAUGAGGAAGAAAUAUACAAGAAUGCAAUGAACAGGCCUCUGUCCCCUACGCUUCCUGAUAUAUAUUCUUCCCAAGCUUUUGUAUCAUGUGAGGAUGAGUCAAGGAAGACUGAGAUUCGAAGCGUCCUUGAUAAAAAUGACUCUUUGACUCCUGCCAUUAAUGUAGAAAUGCACUGCGAUGCAUCAAGAGGCAAUGACCCUACAACCUCCCAUGAAGACUCUAUGCUUGAGAAUGAUGGUGUAAUUCGUGAUGUCCGUGUUCAAUCUGUCGAAGCAGAAAAGACUAUGGAUUGUUGGCCUCGGGACUCUAGAUACGGAAUUGAGACAUCACAUAUUCCUGCAUACUGUGUAACUUCUGUUGUUGACACCCGAAGCAUUUACCAGGUUUUACAUUCCACACGAGCUUGUAUGGCUCACUGCAGCUCAAAUACUCGAGCAAACUCCAUGCUGGAGAGAAUCCUGCAAGCUGUCACAACCCAGGGAACAAUGCCAUCAAGGGAGAGAAGUUGUGUACUCUUCACAUUGUUGUUGUGGAACUUCUCAGCGUUGAAGUUGGCGGAUUCGGGAAGGAUUGGAUAUAAGGAUCUGACUGUUCAUGUAGAUUCUUUGGUCAGAGACUUAAAACCAGUGACAUCAAUUUCUCGAGAAAGAAGCUUGUUUGGGGGAGUGUGCUCUUUGCAUGAACUGCUUGGCACCAUUGAGGAUUUUCUCAUCAACGGGACAGUUGUUGAUUGCAGCAAUAUAUCUUCAGAGACAUUGAAUGAGUGGAAUUCAAAAUGCGAUGUUGUACCUUGUGACAAAGAGCCGAAGUUCUCCACUAAAUUAGCUACAGUGGAGCAGUUGCUGAUCGGGAGUGCUUUGCUAUCGUCCAUCUGUGCAUCAACUGGGCAUGUCGAGUUUGUCUGUGACACUUCCUUCAAUCUUUUACAUAAAUCUGGACCUGAUGCUGCUCGUCUAUUGACCAUACUUCAUGUCUUUGCUCGGGUCGUUGGGGAACAGUAUUUCUCUGUUAGCGACUAUGGUUUGACCAUGAAUGUGGUGAGAUCAAUAGUAGGCUGGCUUGAAAGAAGUUCACGGGUUACUCCAAUUCAUACUUGUCUUUCAUCCAAUGAAGCUACUAGACUUCAGUUUGACGGAUGCACGAAAUGCCCAUUUGGCGCAGUAUCGGUAGAUAUAGUUACGUCUGUCCUACUGGAAAAACUCUGGAGUUCUGUUGAUUCUGGAGCCAUACAACAGCAUAGAAGGCAAUCAAAUAGCUCUUCUGAGGCCAAAGUAGUGUAUCGUGAGCACUAUGAAGUUGACUCAGCUAUUGGUCAGUCAAACUCUAUCAUGAAUGCAACACUAGGUGAUACAAGCAAUGUCCUGUCAUUAUUGGAGCUUGUGGCCUGCAAGAUGGGUUGGGAAUGGACGCAAAGCAAAAUAGUACCCGAGCUGCUGGAAAUUAUGGGGAGACCUCUGUCAAGCACCUUCCAGAUUGCUGUUCUUCUUUUCCUUGGUCAACUUGGGAGGUUUGGGGUUGCUGCUUCUGGUUACGAAGAUGCAGGAGUCGAGAGCCUGAAAAGCAAACUAUCUGGCUUCUUGCGCCAACAGUUGACCAAGGAAUCUAUUAUCCCAGUUCAAAUGGCCACUGUCGCAUCUCUGCUUAGGCUUCAACCUCUCGGCUUUGAGCAGGUCACUGAUGAGAAUUUCAGUUGCUUGGCAGAUGCUGCAUGUCAGCCUGACAUGAUACGUCUUGUCAGAGACUGGAUUUGUCGUUUGAGCAAGGAUCAACGUACCACCUCUCUCAGCUUCCUACAAUCUCAGAUUGCAGGCUCAUGACUUCUGCAAUCGCAGUUGAUUUUUUUGACCAGAAACCUUUCGGCAUUAGCUCUUUUACGGCUUCGGUGGAGCUUGAAGAUGCUCUGCUAAUCCCGUUCUUGAUUUUGCAUUUUUCUUGUGCACUGAGCAUAACUGUAAAUUUUUUUGUCAGGGCAUUUUGUGGUUUCUGAGUAACGUUCGGCUUUUGGGUGGAGCAGAGCUUUUUUUAACCUCAAGUUCACCUGAAUUCGGCAUAGACGGUAAUACAAAUUUAAAUUAUUCCUGUAGGCUGCAGGUGAAUGGGUACCGUAAAUGGGCUCUUUCAUUGCAAUCUCUUGUACUCUUGUACUGAUCUAUGGCAAAAAAAGAAGGGUGCCGUAAAUAGGUAAAUACGUUAGUAUGAUGAAUUGUAAGAAGCAAGUAAAGGCAGCAGGCCUUCUGCUGGUCAUGAUGGCUGCUGCCUGUAUGUUCCAAAUUAUUUUAUUUCCAUGUUUGUUGAAAUGGCUCUAUCAAGCUCCCUUUAUAGUCAGUCAUCUAGAUGAAAGUAAACGAAUAAGCUCAGA